AUGCCUCCAAUUGCCCCUGGUUUGCUGUGUCUCCUGCGGGUCAAGAUGUCGACUCUACGAAAGGAGCGAGAAACCAAUCGUCAGCGGAAUCUCUCGAGUUCGAUUUUCCCCCUCAAUACACCUCCAAGCGCCGCUACUUCGGCGGUUUCUCAUUCCCUGCUGAGACAGCGGACCCCGUGUUCGGCAAAAGAAAAGUUUGCUUUCGCAGAUUUUUCUUCAAUUCCUUCCACUGGACGGCGUUCUUGCAACGAGGAGAAAAUACGUAGCACACAAGGCUACCCCAGCAGCUCUAGAGCGCCAGGAACCGGGCAAACACCGCGAAAGUGUGCUGCCGUCGCGGCUGCUGGGAGCCGAGUCGGACGGUCAGUUUUUCUACCUUUGCCCCUGGAGAAAGGGUCACAUUCUCACCAAGGUUGGCGUCCGGAUUCCCGAAAAUUGAAGCCAGCAACUUCGACUCAAAGGCAGCCAGAGUCCUCUUCUGUUAGCGACUCUCCCGCUUUCGGUAGCCGUCGAGCACCUCAAGAAAGGCCAGCCUUCUCGCGACCAAGGAGACGGCCUCUGUCCGAGCCACGGGAAACGCGGGCUUCAAGGCUUCGUGCCCAGGCCAUUGGAGCGUCUCUCCGCCAGGACAAAUCAGAGAGAAGUGGAGUUUUUUUGAGAAAUGUAGAACGCACAGUCCUGCAGCUGCCGCCUGUGCCUGCCAGUGUGCGUCCUCCUAAACUGCCAGUCAGGUUGCCCUCAGCCUCCUCACGCGGAGAGGUUCGUCGAAACCCUCGAACAGCCUCAGAGGGAGCGGCACUGACGCGCUUGCAGUUGGGGUAUCGCAGCCGGACGCAGAGUCCGUUGGAAAGGUAUCAAGGCCGCGGUGAGGAAAGGCAUCCAAGCGGGUCUUCUCAGUCGCCAUCGGGACGCAGUUCGCCUCGUCCUGUGGCCAGAAUUCUUGGCUUUGGAACAAAGCCUGUGCACCUUGCGCGCGAGGGGAGUGUGUUCCCUGUGGCUGUGUCUUCCACUUUUCUGGGGGCUGUUUCUGCUGAGAGCGAUGGACAGGAGAAAGCCAGUGCUCAGGAUGCAGGCGCGCUUCCUUCUGCGUCUUCUUCUUCCCAUUACGUUCGUUCAAUCGCUCCUUUCGCUCACUUGUACGGAAACCAACAGCUAGCUCCUCCGUCUGUGUCGAGAGGCGCGAAUAUCCAGAAAAAAAGCCGUGGUUCAGCCGCCUUCGGCCCACCGGAAAGCCCCACGGGGCUGUUGGCUCCGUCGGCCAGUUCUGCUCACCCGAAGGUGGACUGGCUCCCAAGUCCCGCCGAAGAGGCCUCUGUCUCCGUUGUCUCGCGUGCCGUCACAAGUGGUGGGCAAGAGGCUUUCGGAGACAAAGGCAGACGAGGACGUCAGGCCUUUUUCCCCUCGUCUCGCAUGCAGAGCGAAGGAUGUGGAGCAACGAGGAGCGGAGAAACGAGGAGAGACACAGUAGGGGGGAGAAGCGAAUGUCGGACGGGAAGCGCGUUUCUGCCGAGCGGCAGGCCACAGACGCAGCUGUCCCUUCGCCUGUUGGCAGGAGGCGAGAGGUUAGGGGCUCCAGUAGGGUCUCCCUCGUCCGCGUCUUGUGGAGAUUUCUCUGGUGUGUCGGCGUGGAGAUGGAGAGAAGAAGCGCACAGACAAGGACAGCGUCCAGAGGAUUUGACUCGCAGCUGCCUUGCUCCAGAAGAGGAUGAUCGUUUGCCGAGGAAGAAAGCGAGGUUAACUGUCCCCUCCGCCCCAGGAGCAUGCAAAGGCAGUCUUGACGAGCGGAGUGCACACCUCGACAGAGUCGCCCCCUCCCUCCGACCUCAACGAUGGAGCAGCAGUCCUCUACGGCCUCCAGCUCCACAGUCUCUUCCUGUCCAGACCGUGUCGUCUGUUCUUCCUCGCGUUUUCGUUUCUUCCUUUCAGAGGUGCUCAGAGAGGAGUCAGCCGCUCGCUGCCGCGUUGCAAGCCGAGAGUUACCCCCGGGGCAGGCUUCAAGGGGAGGCGGCGGGGAGAGCAGACAGGAGAGAAGCCCAGAGAGAAGAAAGGACGGACAGCGGCGCCCACGAGAGCAGGCCGAUGGUGUGGACUGUCGGGAAGGCGGGACGAUCUGUCAGAAGGAAAGGAGGACGCAUACAGAGACGCAGCACUUCGAGACAAGUACCUCAUCGAGGAAGCACAGGCCUGAGGUCUUCGACGAAGCAGCAGCUUUCAGAGGCGCCCAAUGCGACCUGCAGUGACCGCGCAGGUCUCCCGGAAGACCAACAUGUUGGCGUGGACAGGUUCAUGCGUGCAGGAGACAGGCAGGACGGGCAAGAGGAGAGAGAGGCGCGCGACGCCCGACCGCGAUCGGCGCUCUUUUCUGGGCUCCAAAGGAGUCUCUCGACGGUUGUCUCCUUUCUCUCUCUCAGUCUGGGCGCUGGAGGUGGAAACCGGACGGCGGGAGACGAGCGAAGACAGCAGCUGGAGAAAGACGAAGAGAGGGGGAAAACGGAGAGAGAUUUGGCAGAUGGCCGACAAGAAAAUCGAAAGACACAGGAGCUACGAAGUGACGCAGGUGAACCUGAGAGAACAGAAGAGAAGUCAGGGAGUGGGCGUGUGUCCAACUCUUGGCCGUUUCCUCUGUCCUCGCCGAGAGCCUUUCCUCGCCAAAUGGGAAACGAAAGCUGCGCCCCUCUCUUCUCGACUCUUCAGGGUCUGUACCCGGCGUCUGUGGGUGCAAGUGCUCCAGCUCUGGGUGUAGCUCUCGGAGACGAAACGGCCAGAAUCGGAGCCGACACAAAACAGAAGGUCGCGCUAUUCCCCUUCGCCUCGACAGGACUGUCUGUUCUUUCUGGAGCAGCGAAACGAGACAACGUCCUUCUCGAGGCCAGCCGUAAGACCUUCAGCAGAGAGGAAAAUUCAGAAAACCGUCAGGAAAACCAAUCUGGUUUCUGCAGUCGUUACAACGACCCUCGCACUGGAGUUCCACGCCCUGCUGGCUGUCACCUAGGAUUCGAGAGCCCUCAGGGUCCACAUUUCUCCGAGGCGGUUGCUGAUCUUUUUCUUCGCGAGUCUUCAAGCAGCAUGAGCCAUUCCCGUUCGAGUCUUCAUCUGUCCAGCUCGCUCGCUUCUUCCUCUUCUUGUUUUCCACAUGGCUCUUCUUCACCCUCGCGUGCACGCGAUUCCUCUUCUCGUCACGCUUCGGGACCGUUUUCUUCACCGCACCGUUCAGUCCUGUCUUUUGCGAAACCGGGUCUACUCCCUCAACUCGAGACUGCGCGGCGUCUGUCUCUUUUGUCUCCCCCUGUCUCGAAGACUGCAGGUUCCUUCUCGUCUUCGCCUCUCGAGAUCAGUGCGAAGAGACGACAAUGUCCUUCUUUCUGUGAAGGCGGAGAUUCGAAGCAGUGCAUCUGGCCGGCACAGUCGGAGGAGCCUCUGUUCGUGAAGCCGGCAGUUGUGCGCUCGCAGGUCUGUUCGCGCGGUGCUGUUGACAAGGAUGCGGGAGAAGGCGCUUCAGUGGUGGAAAAGGAGGAAGCGUGGACUGUCAGCCGGCGUCGAAACUUGUUUGGGCCAUCCAUGCAUGCGUCGCGAGGAGAACAAGAGAACGAGGGGGGGAACCGAAGCCUACCUGAGACGCCUUUCCCUGCUGUCUUCUCUGAUUCCUCCUCUCUGUGUCCCCAUCCCUCCUCUGCGUCGAGUUCGCCUUUUCCACCUCUGUCACGACAAGCAGCGAGCUUGCUGUCCAAGCCUAUGGAUGCGCACCACACUUCUGAGGUCGAAUUUCCCCGUCUCACGCGUUUAGCGGCUGCCCAGGCCGAGAAGCUUGCACGGCAACGCUCAGCUGCAUCGUGUGAAGUCGUUUCUCUGCAUGGAAGGUACACAACUUCAGGAAAGGAGAGACAGGAGGAAAUCAGUGUCGAGGGGAGGGAGAACAGGGUGGAACGGGCGAAGGGCAGUGAGUGUGGGGACACUAACGCGUGCUACGGAGGGUCCAGAGAGGAAAUGGCAGAAGCCAUUAGGAGCGAAUCGAUGUCUUGUGGUUUUUCGAACGGAGAGAAAGUUCUCCAGAUGGAUACACAUUCGUCUCCUGGUCCCGUAUGUCAAGGUGUCCUACGAGACCAAGGUCGUUUUUCCUUCGUCUCUACCUGGUCCGCUGUCCCUGCGUCUGUAGCCUUCCCGUCUUCAUCGCAUGCGCAGCUGCUGCCAUCUCUCUCCCCCCCACCCGUUCUUCAGCCGGUGCCUGCUGUGUCCGAGCGUCCGGGCAAGAAGAAGGCGCCAGUGUCUCCGUCUCCUAGUGGGGACAUUCUCGCGCAUGCCAACGCAGCUUCUGGAGUGCAGAGAACCCCUGAAGAGGCCGCGUCUCUUCGAAAAAGGACGCAGGACUCUCUCUAUCAUGCAUUUUGCGGUGCGACCGACAGCCUGGCCUGCUCGGGACUCAGAGAGGCAGACUUACGAGACGGAAGAAGAGAAGGCGGCCGCGUAGGUGGGGACGCGAGGAAAGAGAGGUCUGGCUUUCAUGGCAUUUCAACCUCUGCAGCAACGCUUCGAAAGGGAGAACAGACAGAAGGGCCAAGACAAGAGGGAAGACUCGAGCGAAACGGAGACACUCGAGCAGCACACAGCGCGGGUGUGAGGCCGCUGUCCGUUGUCGGCGUCGAGUUGAAAGUCGCAGAUGACAGCAGUGUCAGAGCGCGAGUUACAACGGGUGUCGGGGGACAAGCAGAGCAACCGAGGAAAGGCUGUGAACAAGAGGUCGAAGGACCAAGCCGAGACGCUUUCGUUUCUCGAAAUCAAGAUCUAAGUGAGAAAUGGACCCUAUCACCUCAGCACAGCUUCCCCUCAACCAAAAAGUGGAAAGAUCCACGGAACAGUGCGUUUUCUCUUCAAUCUACGAAGGGAGACGACGCGCUGUGCCGUGACAAAGAGAAAGGGUCGCGGGCAGAAGCAAGGAGCGAUGAUCCCUGCAGAGCAGGAGACGCUUGUGCGGCAAAUCUGAGGACAGGAGACAGGAGGGACAGCGAGAAGGGGGGUGCCCUUCUUUUUAGGAGUCCACGUGCAGCAGUCGCUCCUGGGGCACACGAUGACGAACAGAAAGGAUUCUUGGAGGAGACAGCAGGGAAAAGAGGGACAGAAAAGACAGGAGAAGAAUGGAGAAGAGGUGGAAGCGGUCAAGUCGAGAGAAAACUGCCGGCGAGAGCCGACGCAGGGGAUGCGAGCCGAGAAACGGAAGAGUGUGGUGAAAAGAAACAAACGAUACCUUUACGAGGAGACAGAGAAAUCGCUUCGCUUGUCUCGGACCAACGUUUCACAGUGCAACCUGGAGAAGUUCCGUCCUAUUCCCAAGGAAACACUCUGGCAGGAGAGAUUCCUGAGAGGACGCUUCUGGAAUCUGGCGAAAGAAUAGCCAAGAGACGCAAGAUCUGAUGAGUCACAGACCGUCGGGCUGAUCUGUUCUCUAUGCGCUCGCGUCCGGCGUUCUGCUCUGCACAUUUUGCCUCGUUCUUCUGUCUCGGAGUGUUCUGAUCUGUUUCUCGGUCGGUGCCGCGGUAUGUCAAGUUUUAUCGGACUCGAGCCUUCAUUCGUCGCUCAGGAACACCUCAAGCAGUGCAUUAUCUUAUUUCCUAGCACCAUUAGUGAAAUCUUUUGGUCUGCUUCUAAGCACGCCGUGAGGCAAAUGGAUACGAGGAACUUGACAGGGUUCGACGACAUCUCGCGGUUCCUCAUGGUGUGUUUAAACUGGUGAUUCCUAGCUGGUUUGGUUUGUCCACGAAUCAAAGGUUCGUCUCCUGGGCGUCACUAACAGUCAGCCUCUCAAUCUCAGGUGCACAUGCGUUCUGGGUAGAUCCACACAUUUUGUGCUGCUCUGCCAACCAUUUUUCCUCCCUUCACUACGGGGAAUUCUCACGCGUCAGUUUUAUUCGUUCGUUUCCCG